GUACCCCAUCCACAUCCACAGCCGCGUCGAGAAAAACUCUCUCUCUCUCUCUCUGAACAUUUUCGCGCACUCUGAAGCUGAACUUGGCGAGCUCGAAGCUCCAGUCGAGCGCCUCCGCAACCCCCGGAGAGCUCUUCCUUCGACCGCCGCUUCGGAUCUGCUAUCGCCGUGGGCUCUUCUGGUCGCCGGGCGCGCCCACCUGGUGUCCUGCACGGACCGCUGCGCGUUUGUGCUUCCCGCGAAUGUUUCGAUCGCGAGCGGACGGUGAUGGUUACGGGUCGCGGUUCGAGCGGGUGAUGCGGCUGGGACUGCCAUUCUAGCUGGAGCUUAGAGCAUAUCGUGGGGGGGAGAGAGAGAGAGAGGCAUGGGAUCUGCGAACGGGUUCUAUUCGGUCGGGGAGUUCGAUUUGGAGGGGAAGUGGCUGAUCGAUCCCAAGCACCUGUUCGUCGGGCCGAAGAUCGGGGAAGGCGCGCACGCCAAGGUCUACGAGGGCAAGUACAAGAACCAGACUGUUGCUGUCAAGAUUCUCCACAGGGGCGAUACUCCUGAAGAGAUUGCCAAGAGAGAGGCAAGGUUCGCGAGGGAGGUUGCGAUGUUGUCAAGAGUACAGCACAAAAAUCUAGUCAAGUUCAUCGGAGCUUGUAAGGAUCCUGUCAUGGUUAUAGUCACUGAGCUCCUACUGGGGGGAACACUGCGAAAAUACUUGCUCAACAUGCGACCCAGCUGCUUGGACAUGCGUGUGGCGGUCGGUUUUGCACUUGAUAUUGCCCGCGCAAUGGAGUGCUUGCACUCGCAUGGGAUCAUACAUCGCGAUUUGAAACCUGAGAACUUGAUCUUAACUGCAGACCACAAAACAGUUAAACUUGCGGAUUUUGGCUUAGCUAGAGAAGAGUCUCUGACCGAGAUGAUGACAGCUGAAACUGGAACAUAUCGUUGGAUGGCCCCAGAACUUUACAGCACAGUCACAUUGAGACAUGGAGAGAAGAAGCAUUACAAUAACAAGGUGGAUGCCUACAGCUUUGCAAUUGUAUUAUGGGAGCUGAUCCAUAACAAGCUUCCUUUCGAAGGAAUGUCCAAUCUCCAGGCAGCAUAUGCAGCUGCUUUUAAGAAUGUACGGCCCAGCGUAGAUAACCUGCCAGAGGACCUAGCUUGUAUCGUAUCGUCAUGUUGGAAAGAGGAUCCAAAUGAUAGGCCCAGCUUCAGUCAGAUAAUUCAGAUGCUCCUUCACUAUCUUUCAACCAUAUCCCCACCGGAGCCAGUUAUUCCCCAGCGCAUUUUUACCUCGAAAAAUUCUGUAUUACCUCCGGAGUCUCCGGGUACGAGCGCUCUAAUGGCUACGAGGGAGAACUCAGGCGACACCUCUACAAGUGAGAUGGAGCCCAGGUCGAGGAGCUUCUUCUUCUGUUUUAACCAAUGUUACUGAUUCCCUGGAAGGGUUAUAUAUACACGAAGUUAUUCAAAUUCCUCUAUAGGUUAGAGCAAUAAAUCUUAGCCCCAAAGAGGUUUAUCUAGGCAAACAUCAGGUAAUUAGGAAGUCACGGUUAUAACUUGUAUUUUAUCGUAUGACACACUGGCCGCGCCUAGAAUAUGACCUAGUUUGUUCCAAAUUGACAAAAAGCAGAGGGUAUUUGUAAUUUUGGAGGGUGCAGGUUGCUGGGAUGUGUUUUGUCAUUUGUAAAAAAUAAGGUUCCAUCCAAAGGCCGUUACUCCUGUUCUGCUGUAAUAAUGGAAUGAGCUCGUACU